CCUGCACUUUUGAAAUAAUUGUUUUCUUUUCCUUUAACAGGUUUAGGAGAACAAUAUGAUUGGGCUACCUUUGAAGAUGGAUUGAAGCUAGCCAAAGAGAACGACAAACCUAUGAUGUUGGUCAUUCACAAGACUUGGUGUGGAGCAUGUAAAGCAUUAAAACCGAAGUUUGCUGCCAGUGAAGAAAUACUUAAAUUAAGCAGUGACUUUGUGAUGGUCAACGUAGAGGAUGACGAGGAACAUGAAGGGUCUCAAUUUCAACCCGACGGUGGAUACAUUCCUCGUAUACUCUUUCUAAACUCAGAUGGCGUAGUUCAACCUGACCUAAUCAACACGUUAGGAAAUCCCCAAUACAAGUACUUCUAUUCAAAUGCUCUAAUGGUGACUGAAGCAAUGAAGUCUGCAGUCAAAGCACUGGGAGGAAGCAGAAAUGAUGAGUUGUGACAUGGAUCUCUAGUUUAAACUAUUUAUCAAGCAAUAAUGGCAGGUGCCCACUC